UCAUCGUUAAUACCGGUAUCAUAAAUGCAUAUCCUAAUCACAAGCAAUUGCCUACCAUUGAUUUAGUAAAAAGAAAGGUUAUUACGACCAAUAACGAAGAUUCAAUUGAUAUUGCAAAGAAUAUAAGGGAUGUAGCCGAACAUAAAUACUCUAACUAUAAAAAUCCUAACAAUGACUUUAAUGUAACAACUUCCAACCAUGGAACAUCAUCAGAUGUAGCAACAACAUCCAACGAGAUAAAUUCAGGCAAAAAGAAAGGCCAAUGCACCUUAUUUAUAAAAGAUGUCCUGUUAGAUUUUGCCUAUUAUGGAGCAAUCACUAUUGGAAAACAAGAAUUCAAUGUUCAUUUAGAUACCGGGUCGUCAAAUCUCUGGAUUCCAAAUAAGAAUUGUUCUGCCGUUUUUUGUCAAAAUCAUAAUAGAUUUGAUUCAAGUAAAUCACAAACUUUUACACCAGAAGGUAAUCCUUGGUCUAUUCAAUAUGGCACUGGCUUUGCCUCUGGUAUUACCGGAAUAGAUAAUAUUAAAAUUGGAUGUUUUACUGCUGAUAAACAAAUUUUUGGGCUUGUAACUAAUGUAUCCGAUUUUGAUGCAGCUUUUGAAUAUGAUGGAAUUUUAGGACUAGGUUUUGACAAUUUGAAUACUAUGGAUAAUGCUGCACCAACUUUAAUCAGUACUUUAAUUAAACAAAAUAAAAUGGAGCCAAUUUUUAGUUUUCAUUUUUCACAUGCAUCAGAUUUCGAUGAUAAAGGAAUUUUUAUUUUGGGUGGUAUUGAUAAAAGUAAAUGUAACGGAGAAAUUACAUUUAAUCCUUUAAUUAGUACAAAUGGAUUUUGGACAAUAAAGCAAGAUAAUACACUCGUUAAUGGCAAUCCAGUGUUUUCUUCACCGAAUAUUGCAAUAAUUGACACAGGCACUACAAUUAUUAUAGCACCUCCAAAUGACACAGCGGCAAUUCAUAAACAAAUUCCAGGAGCCGUAUUUGAUAGUCAAAAUAAUAUGUACACUAUUCCAUGCAAUACCACAACAAUACUUUCCCUUAGAUUUGGAGGUGUUGAUUAUCCAAUUCCAUCCAGAGAUUUAAUUUUCUUACCAGUAACUGGCACUGAUUGCUUAUCGGCUAUUAUGCCUUUAGAUGUUGUUCCUAAUGUUGAUGUCUGGGUUGUCGGUGAUACAUUCCUUAAGAAUGUAUAUUCUGUAUUUGAUGUGAAAACCAAACAAGUUGGAUUUGCACGUAGUAAAUAA